AAAGGCCCCAGCUAAACACUUCUUACCAACUGCCCAACACCACCACACACAAACUUGUGGAAAAACGAGAAGAAAAGCGUCUGACACACAUUAAACACUAUUCAGCUUCUUUAUUUUUCAUCGUAAAUUUCAUGUUUUGUCAGCACUCACUCACCUGGGCGCAAAAAAGAUGAAAACUCCAUUUUACUUCUCUUACUAUACACUGAUUCUACCUCGCUUUCUCGCUACUUUUGCGUCACUUUCUCGGUAAAUUCUUGCGGCUGUGCGAAAUCAGGCAUACCCGUGUGUGCUCAGUAGAUAGGUAUGUAUAAGAACCAAUUGCAGGAGUUGGCUCAGAGAAGCUGCUUCAACCUACCAGCAUAUUCAUGUAUACGAGAAGGACCAGACCAUGCCCCUCGGUUCAAAGCAACUGUCAACUUUAACGGAGAGACUUUUGAAAGCCCUACAUUCUGCUCUACUCUGAGACAGGCUGAACAUGCUGCAGCGGAGGUAGCUCUAAGUACACUUGCAAAUAAAGGUCCUUCCAGAGCACUAGCUGCAAGAGUUCUGGAUGAAACUGGAGUUUACAAGAAUUUGCUGCAAGAGACUGCACACAAAGCAGGCUUGAAUCUUCCAAUGUAUACUACUGUUCGAUCAGGGCCUGGCCAUGUUCCUGUUUUCUCAUGCACAGUUGAGCUUGCAAGGAUGAGCUUCACAGGGGAACCAGCUAGGACCAAGAAACAGGCUCAGAAAAAUGCUGCUAUGGUCGCUUGGUCAACCUUGAAGAGAUUGUCUCAACGUGGCUCAACUGUUUCUACUUCACCUUCUUCUCACUUGUUAGAAUCCAAAUGCAAUGAAGAGCAGGAACAAGUUGUCAUCGCUCGCUUUCUUUCCUCUUUGCAACAGCCAGAGUCAAAGCUCUUCAUGCAAAAUGACUGCCAACAUGGACAUCAGAGAUUCAUUCCUAUGUGCAGAGGCCUAGCCCCACCAACUUCAAGCUUAUAUCCUGAACAAUACCAAAGCUGGGCCUACCCUAAUUUUUCCCCAGAGCUGGACCUGUGUCAGAUGUGGCAGCAAGAACAAUUUCUGCAGCUUCAAAACCGCCUAUUAAUUCUUCCUGUUCCACCAUCUCCACCACUUGGUCCUCAGAUUCUGCCGUAUAUGCAGUCUAUUUUCUGCCCAAACCACACGUUAUAUAUUCCAACGGGAAAACAAGAACCAUUACCCAUAGAAGAACCAAGGGUCACAGUUGCCACCUCCAGUCCAUCGCUGUGCUUCUCAAGUAAGUCAGUUCCUGAGCCAAUCAGGAGCAGAUCCACGGUGACUAUUCAAGAAAUACAGGAGGAGAAAGCAGAAGAAUCCUCCAAACUCCCACCGUCUGUAGUUCCAGAUGCCUCUGUCUCUGUUCGCCCCAAUGCUGAACCAAGAAUUGAGCAACCAAUUCAUGAGGAUGGAAAUCAGAAGAAUGUUGAUUUGGAAAGUAAAAUUAGUGUGGAGCUUGAGAACAAAUUCGAAAAUGUUAAAUAUGAAAGAAGCCAAUCAGGGCAAUCUGAAUUGGCUUCUCAUAGGAACUUGGAAUCUGGUUUUAAGCUUGGCAAUCCACAGAUACAAAACCCACGAGCUCCAUCGCAUCUGAGACCCCAGUAUCAUCCAAGAGCUAGUUCUCAUAGAAGUCCCAGAUCACCUUCAUCUACUGCAAUGAGAACGGUGGCACCUAUAUCUUCAGCAAGGCCCCUUCCACAACAUUUGGCAAGCCAGAUUCCUGCUCCACCAAGUAUGAGAACCGGAUUUUCUUCGCACUCAAGCAUACCUAGCACUGAAAGAAGGAACCUUAGACAGGUUCAUCCCAGCUUUAUGGCACCAGCUGUAAGAAUAAGAACAGUUGUACCAGUCUGUUCAGCUCCACCACCAAGACAGAUGCCUAGUUCCAUCUCAGAGGCAGCAGCACCCAAUAGAGAAAAGGAAGAUUCUUUUCAAGAAGAUAUAUCAACAGCAGCUUCAAAACUUGAUAAUUUUCAUUUAUAAGCAUAGUAUAGAUCCUAAGAUUCAUGAUAUUUGUUGCUUUUAACAUAUGAAUUAUAUAUAUUAUCAGAUACUAUGGUGAAGACGCAUAGUAAUAAAAAUAAAUAUUUAUCUGUA